CUCAGUUUUCUCUGCGUCUGUCACACUAUCCAGAGAUGGCAUCAGUCAAGUGACAGCCCGCUACUGCAGAGAACCUGCAGGAGCUCAAUUGUAAGACAUUGUGGAGUGUGGACGUAAUUACUAGCAUGUCAACUUCACGAACGUUGUAGAUCAGUACCUAUCUCUAAAAGAAUAAACUGUUUGUAUUUUGUGCAUUUUGCCAAAUAUUUUAGUUUAUAAUAUUCUUGAUUGGCAUAUCGUAGACCUGACGAAUCAACAACAUGGAUAAGUUACGACAAAUGGAAGAUGAAAUGAGUCGGUUCGAAGCUGAAAUUGGAGGACCACUAGUCUCACCUAUGACAAGGCCAGUCAUAGGAGCUAAUACAUAUAAUCAAGUCGCCAGGCAACUGGAACAACAUGAAAUACCAGCUGCUAAUAUGAGAUAUCCUCCAAUGAUGGGAUUUCCUCCUCCGCCUCCUCCUCCAACAGAUUUAAUGAUGAUACCAGCACAAGUUGCCAGGCAAGGUCCAUCAACAUACUCAUCGCCUGCUCAGAUAAACACUCCUGUUGUUGAACCAAUUUUAACAGCUAUGCCCAAAUCUUAUUUACCAAAUAUAUCUCCUCAAACCACACCAAUAAUUCGUCGAGAUAUAUUGGAAAAAAUGAUUCAUACCAAAAAACCAGAUGACGAUGGAAAAAAAAAUCCCAAAGUAAAAGGGGUGAGUACUGCAGCAGAGUUAGCUAUUAGUCAAGGGAAAGCUAGUUCAAUCAUGGCGAAUGCUAAUGCUGAAGAAUCCCAUUCUAUGAAAAAAGGAAAAAAAAAUAAGAAAAUCAUUCGAACAGCUGGAGGCCAAACUUGGGAAGAUGCUUCAUUAUUAGAUUGGGAUGAUGACGACUUCAGAAUAUUUUGUGGCGACCUUGGAAAUGAUGUUACGGAUGAGAUGUUGGUUAGAGUCUUCAGUAAAUAUUCGAGUUUUCAAAAAGCUAAAGUGGUUAGAGACAAACGUACCAAUAAAACAAAAGGAUUUGGUUUUGUAUCUUUUAAGGAUCCUCAAGACUUCAUUAAAGCUAUGAAAGAAGUAAAUGGAAAGUACGUAGGCUCGCGACCUAUCAAAUUGCGAAAGAGCAGCUGGAAGGCACGCAACUUGGACACCGUGCGCAGGAAGGAGAAGGAUAAGCAAGCCCUCAUCGGACUCUUGACCGGAAAAUAG